AUGCCUGCCCAACCCACUCUCCACAAGUCCAAGUCAAACCUCCGGCUCAAAUUGGGGUUCGCACCGGCCCGCCCAAAACCCACCUCGUCCGCUCGGGAACCAGCUCCUCCACUCCCGGUCGCGCCCUCCCCGCCUCGGUCAUCCACCCUCGCCAUCGCGGCCCUUACGUCGUCCACCUCGUCCACUGGUACCGGUACAAGCAGGCCCGACUCGCGAAGUCUGUUUGCGUACGACUCCACCUCCCCUUCUUCCCUCGGGCACGCCAACAGCAACGGCAACGCCAACGGGAUCACCACGACCGGUCUCACCUUCGACACCAUCUCCUACGCGUCCAACUCCCCCUCUUCCCUCGCGUUCAAUCACGCUAUCCUUCCUUCUCCUCGACACGGCGUCUACCCCACCCCCUCUACUUCCGGGUACGACACGCGCGACGAUACCGACGCGGACGCGGAUGGCGAGACGGACCUGGAAUUCCUGGACCAGGGCGACGGGCUCGACCGGCCUUCCCUCGAAGCCUACCCGAACAUUCGGAACACCAUCAAGGCGUCCGACGAUGUCUUCUUCGUCUCGGACGCGCAGCUCAGCGAUAGGUUCCACUUUGUCGCGGAAGUAGGAUUCGGGAAUUGGGGGUCGGUAUGGCUCGCCAAACCCCGUCGGCCGCGCUCCACCUACUUCUCCAACGGCGUUAUGACGCCUAGUCAGAAGGCGGUGAGAAAGCUGGGCAAGGCGGCAGCGGCGAGCGGAGGAAGCGGAGCGGGUGGGAAAGUCGCAAUGAAGAUUGUGCACAGGGUGCAGGAUUCGUGUACUGCAGCUCGCAUCAGAGCGCUCUGGGGCGAGAUGAAGAUCGUCCGGUCACUGAGGCACGAGCCUCACCCGUCUAUCAUCCAGUUCGAGGCGUUCUGUUUGACUCCCAGCUAUGCCGUCGUGAUCAUGCCCUACCUCUCGCACCUCAUCCAAGUCUGUCUCCCUCCCAAGCGCGCCACCCCCUACUUUCGCCAACUCGCCUCCGCCGUCGGAUAUCUGCACGAGCGCGGUAUCACCCAUAACGAUAUCAAGCCCGCCAACGUCAUGAUCAGCCACAACGAUAUUCCCGUCUUGGUCGACUUUGGGUUUGCACACAAGUGGCCGACAGAUGGGAGGGGUGCUUUCUUGAGUACAAUCAGCUGGGGGACGCCAGAGUAUCUGGACCCGUAUCGCGCUCAAGGAUUGCCGCACGAUGAGCGUGCCUCAGACGUUUGGUCUCUUGCUAUCACAUUCUACGAGAUCCUUAUCGGCCGUACCCCGUUCGAGGAGAACGAGGAGGAAGACUUCCAGGAGGAAGGGCGGUAUGCCGUAUAUCUCGAGCGCGCGCUCAGUGGGGAGUGGCUCGGCGAGUACUACAUCCCGAAUGACCUUAUUCACCUCCUCCAAAACAUGCUUCACCCCGACGCCCAGCAGCGCCUGACCGCCAUGAACGCCUACCAUCACCCCGCGCUCCACCCCGCGGCACCCUCCGUCAUCGUCACCCCGCACUUUAUCCGCGAGGCCACCUUCGACGUCGACGCGUACGCUGAACAGCCCGUCCCUACGCUUGCGCCCGUCGGUGUCGCCCUCGACGGGUACGGCGGUUACGCCAACGGAAGUACGGAUCCCAACGUCGAGAAGCGCCGGAAGAAGAAGAAGGUUGCGCCGAAAGAAGGAGCCAGGAGCGUCACGCCGGCUCUUCCGCUUGGGGAGAGCAUCAAGCAGCAUACGUCUAUGCCUCGCCCGAAGAAGCAGGGUCAGGGUCAGGGUCAAGACGGCGAGGGAUUGACGCCGAGCCCCAAGAAGGGGAGUAGACUGGUGAUUAAGAAGAUGAGGAGUGAGGAGGUGGUCGGUGGGGAUGUCAAGGAUAAGGAGGACCCGACUCCCACCAAGAUUGUCAAGCCGGCUCAGCCACUCAAAAUGGUGGAAACAACUGCUGUUAAGGCCGACAAGAAGCUCAUCUCGCGCCCGUCCCAAGCUCAGCUCCGGGCCGUCGCCAAUGCCAACGCCAAAGCCGCCAAGCACGAUUCGGGACUUACGUCCAAGACUGGCGGAACCAACUCGACUCGGUCAUCCCUCCUCACCACGACCACGUCCAAGGAGAACCUCCACCCUUCCAAGUCCACCAAGACCAAGACGCUCUCUCAACGGACUUCCAACCUGUCUACUCUGUCGACCGUUUCGACAGUCCAGGGCGAGAAGAAUGAGGAUGAGGCUCGACUUCAUACGUUGCAGUCCCUCGAGGGUGUCCGGUCUGUCUCCGGUGCUGGCGCGGGAGGCAAGAAGAGGGAUGUGUUGGCGGCUAUUUCGAGGCCGGCGCCGGAGCCGCCGAGGCCCAGGUCUGCUGGUACAAUUGAGACUGGGGAGGGGAAGAAGGAGAAGGAGGCGCAGAGGAGGAGUUGGGCGGCGGAGAGGGCGAUGGCGCUGGAGGAGGUGGAGGAGAUGGAGGAGCAGCAGCAGCCUGUCGACGUCGCAUUCCACACUGCGCCUAGGUCAACUCAGUCCCCUAUGGCCCAUGUGGGCUCUCCGCCCCGGAAGCGGCUCGCCAAGCCCGCGGUGCCCGACUCGGCUGCGUCCGGCGAGCAUGCAGAUGAGCGGGCGCCUCCGCCCCGACUGGCGUUUGUGUCACCCGGCAAGAAGUCGGCGGGGUCGCCGAAUCGGGUCGAGAAGGAGAAGAUGAUGACACAGGAUGGUGAGCCCGCCUUUCUGCUGGUGUACUUUAAUCUUGAGGGAGACGAGCUGACUGAGACAGAAGACAAGUUGGGCCGGUUCAGGCAGAUCUCGGCUGAUCUUACCCCUGCUCAAUUCACCCCUUCUUCUGCCCGAGCCAGUGCCGUCGCUCCAGCCGCUACCAACACCGCUCCCGCCAUCGCCUCCACGGCCACGACUGAGCCGAGCCUACAGCACCGCAAGUCCAUCGAAGCGCUCGCUCUCGACAAUCGUCUCGAUAAGAUUUCAGAAUGGGUCAAGACUGUCGAGUCUAUCGUCGACGAGGCUCGGAAGGCGCUCGCGGAGGGUCGAGAGCUUCCCCUUCCUCUCCUCACUAUCCCCACUCCGGCGGAUAUGGCCGGUAUUCCCGGUCUCCCAUCUAUGCCUUCGACAAUCACCGAGCGCAACCGGAUGUUCGGUGUCUCCCCGCCCAAAGCGAUCCCGGAGCACCUCCGGACGUCCUCUGUCCAGGUGGAGCCCGCGACGCCGCCCAAGUGGAUGACGUAUGCGGAGGCGGAAGAGAAGAUCCGGAAGGCGAAUGUGUGGAUGGGGGAGGGCAAGGGAGGGAAAGCUGAUGAUACAGUGGCUAGUGUUUUGAAGCUGUUUGGGGCGGAGAAGGAGAAGGAGAAGGAGCGUGGUGUUCGGUCUUCUACCCCCGAACCAAACAUGCACAUCCCCCUCAAGCCCCCUGCGCCCGCACUCCGCGCCACCCCUUCCACACCUAUGCUCCGUUCCGACUCAUCCGCCGCCGCCGCUACAACUCGCAUCCCCGCACGCAAGUCGGAAUCCAACCUCCGGGCAUUCAACACCCUCCCCGCCUCGUCCCACAUCACAUUCUCGGACAUCCUGCAGCAGUCUGCAUUCUCGGACGACGAGGAUGACGAUGAUGAGGACUAUGGGCGCGGUCAGGCCCGCUCUACCGCCGGUGGAAGGCCAGGAAGCCCAAGGUCCCCUCGGAGACUAUAUGAGCGGUUCCUCGACUCCACGCCUGGCGUGGUGCGUCAAGGGGACGGCUGGAGUAGCCUGUCUAGCGGAAGGGCACUCGCCAAGCCGAGCUCGAUGGCUAGUCUUCGGGAACGCGCCCGGGCUUUGCUGCACGGCGACACGUUCACUCCGAACCCUACCUCCAUCGGCGGCGUCACUGGCACGACGGGUACGACCGGCAACAAGCGGGAUAUCAUCGACUUGGCGAAUCAAGAACGGAGGAACUCGAAGCAGCCCCUCGUCCAUUCGUCCACCCAGGGAGACAAGUUCGGGACGGCCAACUCGGCGGCGAUGUCGACCUUCUCGGCUGGAGCUGGCGCUGGCGCGGGAGGAGGCGGGAUGGGCAGGCCCAAUAUGCCCGGAGCAGGGAGCGUGUUGACCAUCGGGACGUCGACGUCGAUGGGUGGAGGUGGGGGGCAGAAGGGGUGGGGGAUCUGGAAGGGCCUCAAAGGGCUGGGGAAGAAGGGGAGGGGGAUGGAUAAGGUGGAGGAGAUCCAUGCGUAG